GAGGGUUUGCGCGGUAGCGCGACAGGUCUGUGUCUGGAGUACAAGGAGGGAGGGAAACUAUGGAACGGGGAACGAUGGCGGUGAAGAAAUGACAAGUUUGGGAGUAUACAUUUCACAAGAGUUGUCUACCGAGGAGUCUUCCGCGCAUAGGACGAUGAAACAAGUGGCCAUCGGAGAUGGCCACCACAUUACGCAUGAUUUGAGGUAAGGGCGCUGGAGAAUCUCAGCGGGGCCCUUGGCACUGGUCGAGAGAGAACAACAAUAGUGGAACAAGAAACAAGGAAAUACUUAGUUAUAUCUCUUCCCAAGACACUCCCUGUAAAUCUUUUGAAAAUGAUAAAAGCCGAGAGCAAAGGAGAAAGGACUCUGAGGAGUGCGUCGCCGCAUAGAAAUGCAUACAAGUCCGACUUCCAUGCUAUCAAGUGCUCAUUUGAUGGGACGAAAUCCGAAGGCGCUGCAAAGACGUAUGCAAAUGGCUCUGGCGACACCCGGGAGGACACGAGGGGGAGGCCUUUUGGCAAUCGGGUGAACAAGAUAAAGAAUAUUUUCCUGCAAAUGGAUGGUCAGCAGCAAGAGAGUCAAGAGGUGAAAUCUGAUGUGUUGCUGGUCUCCCCACCAAAGGUACCAUUUGCAGUCAUCGCACACAAAACAAGCUUGAGCAGUGCCACUAGCCCAGAAUCUCAAAGUUUAGACAAAAACCCCAAGGGAGAAGAUGUCGAAAUUGACAAAGCAGCUUUGGCAGAGAAGUUUUGCUCGACCAGAAAGCUCUUUGAGAGGAGCAUCAAAGAACAACCCGCAGCGGAGAAGUCUCCCAACAGAGUUGUAAGCCGGGUGUCCCUGGGCAGUGUGUCUGAUGGGGGGAAAAGUACCAGGAGAUUGUCGGGGUCCACUGAGACGAGCAACAUCAAAACAGAGCCUGUUCCUACGCCAUUGGUGAAAAACCGGCUGGAUGAGAGGAGCGAUACUGAGGAGACAAAACACGUGUCCAGGUUGUCGCUGAAUGCCGGACCCAUGUCCAAGCGGCUAGACAACUUCAUUGUGGACAGUGACGACGCGGCAAAAGCCACAGAGAUGUCAUCUAAAGUAUGCGGUCCCACUGAUCGCUCACUGCCUACGUCUCUGACAAGGGAAGGCUUGUAUAAAUCCACCACUCCAACUAGUGACGCCACUAACAAACCCACCUCCAUCGUUACCGGUGUCAUUCUCAAACCAACCUCCCCAGUCACCAACGCGACCCGAAAACAUAUUUCCCCAACAGCCAAUGCCACCCAAAAACCCAUCUCCCCAGAGCCCAUAUCCCCAGGUGGCCAAAGCUCUUACAAGUGCUCCCCCUCGACCAGUGACGGUUUUAGCAGGCCAUCUGUGAGUAGCGAUGGAGUAAAACUCUCCAGCCCAUCCCCCGGGAAUCAAAAACAGACUACCGUGAUUGCCAGUAGUGUUUACAGUAGCAACAGGGCCAAAACCUCAGACAGUGCCAAGAGUGAUGGGCAUGUGGCACAGAGUCUCACCAUGGAAAACUCACCUGCUCAGGCCUCAUCUCUGCCUGGUAUGGUCCGGGCUGAGCUCGUAGUGGUCCAAAAUGAGUCAUCCGAGAGCGAGGAGAAUGAAAAUGAGAAUGUCGAAGACAAUGUUUUUGAGGAGACGAACGUGCACCCCCCAAAAGAGCUCAAAGUUGAGCGGAAAGAAUCACCACCCAAGGUGAUUGGUCAGAACGACGACCCCCAUCGGCAGAUCUUAGAGAAAGGUGAGGGCAAGGAGACUGCGAGGACACUGGAGAAGGAAGGAGGAAGCCGAGUUGAGGAGUUGCGGCAGCAUGAACUGAAAGAGGAGAGGAGGGACGACACAAGUCCUGCAAAUCAAACUGGGGCUUGCAAUGAGGAAGAGGUGGAUGAGGAGGUUGCUGAGGAGGAGAGUGAACAGGUGGAACAAAGAAUCAGGGGCAAGGUUCCCCCAGUGGUGUACGGCAUAGAGAACGCAGCAUUUGUGGACGAUAGGGAUACUGACCAGAUCCUCAAGGAGGAGGACGAGGAGGAGGAGGAGGAGGAACAAGAGCAGGAGGAGCAGCCCGGUGAGGAGAAGUAUGAAGAGGACUAUGAGGAUGCCCCUGGACUCUCGGAUGAGGAGGAACCAGAACCACGGAGGAAGAUCAAGUUCUCAACAUCUCCAAUACGGGUGUUCAGCACCUACUCUAACGAGGAAUAUGACCGGCGCAACGAUGAGGUGGACCCCGUGGCGGCGUCGGCUGAGUACGAGCUGGAGAAGAGGGUGGAGAAGAUGGACGUGUUCCCCGUGGAAAUUGAAAAGGGAGAUAACGGCCUGGGCAUCAGUAUCAUAGGGAUGGGAGUGGGAGCUGACCAGGGCCUGGAGAAACUGGGAAUCUUUGUGAAGACCAUAACAGAGCGGGGAGCGGCUGAACGGGAUGGCAGGAUCCAGGUGAAUGACCAGAUAGUGGAGGUGGACGGGAUCAGUCUGGUGGGAGUGACUCAGCUGUUUGCUGCUACAGUCCUGAAGAACACGAAAGGAACGGUCAGCUUUCUGAUUGGCCGGGAGAAGCCGGGGACACAGAGCGAGGUGGCGCGUCUGAUCAGCGAGACUCUGGAGCAGGAGAAGAGCCAGCAGGAGCAGCAGCACCGGGACGACCCCUACGAACAGUCCACCGAGGAGGAGGAGCACUACGAGGAGGAAGACGGCGAUGAGGAAGAUAUGCUAAGGUCUAGUUUCUCUGGCGGAAGGACGGUGGAGGUGUUUGACCCGCCGGAGACAGAGGCCAUGUUCAUGCCCUUCAACAUGGACUCCACGCAGAUGGGCUUAAAAUUCCAGGAGCUCCAACUGAAACACAGCUUAGGAACAGCGUCAAUAAACCAACUGAAGGAAAAGUUAAGGGCGUCCGAGGAGGACAAAGCAUCCAGGGAGACGAGAGUGGCUGAGUUGGAGCAGAAGAUUGAGAGCAGCAAUGAGAAAAUGUUGAAUCUGGAAGGGUACUGGCUAGAAGCCCAGGCUCUGUGUAAAACUGUCAACGAGCACCUGUCUGAGAGCCAGAGCCAGUACGAGACGCUGGACAAGAAAUACAACAAGGCCAAGAAACUUCUCAAAGACUACCAGCAGAAGGAGAUUGACUUUGUGAAGAAGGAGGAGGAGCUGAAGAAAGUUCUAGAUGAGAAGGAUCGAUGGUACAAGGAGCAGCUUGAAAGCCUGCAGGACCGGAUAGCGGUCCUGGAGGGCAGCGGUCCAUCUGCUGACCGCGUGGAGACCCAGUCAGGUCAGGACUUUGCCGAGGAAAGACGAUGGAGCAGCCAGGGGAGUGAAGGCCCCGUCACCAACACACAGUCUGUGGACUCUCUACUGUUAGAUACAGACUGGAGCGAGCUGGUCCCUGAGACUGACCGCUUGGACACCAGUGCACACAAGGCCAAGGGCUUACUGGCCCCAAGGAGGAAUCGUCCGUCUCGCAACAAACUGAAGGAGAGCCUUGGCGCGUCCCCUUGCCAGUCGCAGGAGAACAAGGAAGAGGAGGAGGAUGCAGAGGAGGACUAUGUCAGGAGGAGGAGGUCCAUCCAGGAGAGCCUGUCCUUGCCGGUGCCCAUCUGUUACUCUGGGAACGGCCAGAAGGAUGAGAUCCCCGAGGCUGGGGAGAGACCCAGGAGCAAGCUGGAGCUCUCCAGCAGCUCCUCCCUGCCCCCGUCCCAGAGAAACAGCGCCGAGAGUGGGAGCAGUCCUUCUCUGUCGCCACCUAAAGAUACCGCUUUGCUCUCGCCACACUCCCCCUCGGGGCUCCAGCGCAAUGUGAAGAAACGGGAGUCCAGGGGGAAGGGCAAGGAGCUCAAAGAUGAGACAAAUGAGAGUUCUUCAGCAGGAAAACCCAAAAAGACGAUUUUUGGUGGCCUUCGGAAGUCUGGUGGCAAAGGGAAGAAACAUGACAAGGAGGCGAUGCGAGCAUCUCUGGACAGCAGGGGUUCUGCCGAGCUCCUGGAGGAACCUGGAGGGAACCUGUCCCCCUCUGAGUCCAUGACCUCUAUACCCACCUGUAUGCCCUUCUCCUGGUUUGGGGACAGAGACCGAGACAGGGACAAGGAGCCUUCGUCCUCCAGCAGCAGCCUACCAUACGCAGCCACUGAGACCAGCAGCGAGCAGAGCCAGGACCGCAAAAACAAGACAAAUCUCUCCUGGUCCUCUUUGUUCAGUCGCUCGUUAGAUUUGAGUUUGUCAGUCAUAGACGAUUCAAACCCUUGCGGCCCCAGUUCAGACAUCGCAGGCUUAGUUGCAGAGCCCAAUCUGCCUGGGCGUUCACAUACUUUAGUCUUCUCGUCCAGUGAGACCCUGGAUGACGAGCCAGUGCCCACAGGGAAGGAGUACCAAUGGCAGAACCGCCCCGUCUCCGAGUGGACCAAUCAGCAAAUCUGUCACUGGUUGAUGGGCAUGAACAUGGACCAAUACACGCCUGAGUUCACUGCCAAGGGUGUGGAUGGACAUCAGCUCAUGCACCUGGACAGUGACAAAUUGAAGGCCCUGGGUGUGUCCAGCCAGAGUGACCGGGCCACCAUCAAGAAGAAGCUGAAGGACAUGAGGAAGGCCCAGGAGAAGCUGGAGAAACAGAGGGAGAAAAGGGAGAAGGAGGCACGACGCAGUGGGAGGCUGCCUCCCAACACUGACUCUGUCUGCUGAGCUGCCCUAGAGGUGACCCCCACUCUCUGUCGUAACAUAACCCAAUGUCUCUCGGGCGAGGCUGGACGUUCAACGACCCCCUGUAUCUGUUCUGUUUCACCUAUAGGCCUACGUAAGUGCCAUCCACUUCACAGUAGUUACUAAGAGAGCACAAGCACAGUCACACACAGUACUGAGACUAUAAUGGCCAGUAAUGAUUAAUGCUAGCAUAACAGUGUUGAUUUAAUGUGCCAAUUGGAAGAAUCAUCUGAAAAUAGCCCUAUUUGUCAUUGGGUUAUUCACAAGAACACACAAGCCGGUUCUGCUUUUUAAUCAAAUCAAACACACUGCCGGUCCUGUUUCCAGCAGUAUCUGUAUCACGUCAUCAUUGUGAUAGAUUGGGGGAAACGGAGAUUUCUGAAAGUGAUACUGUAAUAUUGACAAGUGUUGGUGGGGAUAUGACCAAGAACAAAACCCAACAUGUUUUUUUUUUACCACUAUAAAGCUAUAAAGUACUUUUAUCCAUUUUUAAAAGUUUCCAAAUAUGUAGUUGCAGCAUUUGUGCACAUUUACCCAUACAACAAUUGGAAUGAAUUCAGUACGGCUUUGUGUUUUUUUUUAGAUUGUAUUUUUGCUAGCAUAACUUUCCUGUAACCAUGUACAGAUCUUUUCUUGCAGGAACUUUGUACAGUUAUUGAGAUAAAAGCACUAUAUUGUCUUUUAAGCUUCAAAGCGUGAGAAAGUGUAUACGUUGUUUUAUUAACUGCAUAACUUUUUAAAAAAAUAAUUAAGGUUCAUAAUUUUAUAUAUACUUUUUCUACUAAGUAGAAUAGCCACUAGGAUGAGAGAAUUUUUUUUGCUAAAUGAAAGGAAUCAUGUAAUGACAACGAACAAUGCUGCUGAUCCCCUCCCCAACUGUGCCUGUUUCGAGAAUGGAGGAUGUACUACUCUGUGGUCUUAUUGUACCGAAUAGGUUUACGUGUUGCUGAGAUGGUACCAAGACAUGCAAUAUUAUUGUACACUGCAUGCACUGCUUGCUGACAGGGUGUGGGGUCCAUGGAAGUGUGUGCGCCUGUGACAAUAAAUCCAUUGAAUGGUUGGCUGUGUCUGUUGGGUGCAUGUUGAGCUUGUCCAUACCCAAGCAUUUUUUUCAAUGUACAUUUUAAAUUCAAGAAUGAUUCGUUUAUAUUUUGGAUGUAAAAACACUAGUUUAAUUCCCUCCACUUGUUCUAAUACAAAGAGCUAGAUCUUAUUAUUCUAUUCUUGGUACAUAUUGUAAAAGCAACAUAAAAUAAACAAAUUCUCACACCAGA